CCAAAUCCAAAUCCAAAUCCAAAUCCAAAUCCGAAUUUAACAAAUUUAACAUCAUCGUCAUCGUCAUCACCAACUCCCUCCGAAUAUCCAGUCCGAAUAGUUGAGAAUCUUUCGUCUAGGAGAUCUUCAGGAGGAACAAUUCGGAAGCCCGAGCUCAUCAAAGCUCCCACACCGAAAUCCCGUUCUCCGUCUCCCACGAAAUCAAAAGAGCCCAAGCUCGACGACGCCAGCGAGCCCAGACUUAUCAUCACCAUAACCCCAUCCUCACCCACAUCCCCACCAUCCACCCCAUCAGCACCCCCGAGCCCAACCAAAAUGGCCGACCGCACCUUACAGCAGAUCCUAACGCAGCUGCGCUCGAACCCGGGUCUCAGCUACGGCGAAGCCAACACGCUCCUCUCGAAAGCCAAGAUCUCGUUACUCACCCUCAAAGCCGCGACCCCGGGCCCUUCCCCCGCUUCACCCGCGCACCUGGCGUUAGCCCGGGAUAUCUACGAGCAAGGCGCGCUCUUCAGCAUCCGCUCGCGCAACCCUGACGCCUUCACGCGAUAUGUAUCGCAGUUACAGCCCUUCUACGAGCUCUCCGCCUCCGUGCUGCCUUCCUCGCCCGCAAACAACGCCGAGCGCAACAAGGUGACGGGUCUGUACCUCCUACUGCUACUGACGCAGGGUCGGUACUCUGAAUUCCACUCCGAGCUGGAGACACUGGGGACACGGGCAAAGGAGGGUGGUGGAGCCGGCGAGAUCGAGGAAGACCGGUUUUUGGGUUACCCGAUUAAGCUGGAGCGGUGGCUGAUGGAGGGGAGCUACGACCGCGUAUGGAAGGCGAUGAAGAGCCGUGAGGUGCCUAGUGAAGAAUAUGGUGUUUUCUCCGAGAUUCUAACAUCUCAAAUCCGCUCCGAAAUUGCCUCUAGCAGCGAACGCGCCUACCCGUCCCUCCCUCUAAGUAGUACCAAAUCUCUCCUAUUCCUCGACUCCGAGGGUGCUGUCGUCGACUUCGCCCGCCACCGCGGCUGGGACGUCCGUGAUGGCCAAAUCUACUUCCCUUCAUCGACCGCAAGUGCUGAAGGAGACGAGGGUGUUGAGGAAGAGGGCGACGAGAAGGAGUUCAGCCGUAUGGUCAUUGAGAACGCUCUUGGAUAUGCCCGCGAGCUUGAGACUAUUGUCUAAAUCAGGUUGAUUCUACAAAACGUUAUUAGGACUCAAAAUCAAUUCUCCGAAGUUGGGACCAGGGCGAGCAGGACUAGGCUGGCUCGGGACGGUGAAAACUCAAGGUUGGAUGGCGAUGUGACUGACAGCUUAAUGAGCUACGCGGGGGGCGGGAGUUCCGAUAGACAUAAUAAUACCACCAUAAGAUAUGAGAGAUGGGACAUGCUAGGCUGACUAUACCGUGGAUAGGACACGGUUAGAAAGUUUCAUGAGCCUGUGUACGAAUAAACGCAAAUCAACCAAUAGACAGCAACUAUGAGUGAAGGUCUUCUGAAUGCA